GUCACAACCCGAUCAUACAUUCGCUCCUUAACAAUCUCGUGCGGUGCCAAACUGACACGCAGCCCGGCCAGCACGUGACCUAAUCACUUUCUGAUCGCAGCCUCCCUCGCGAUUUUUCUUUCGGAUGAUCACACUUAGAAUGACUCGUAACCGUGGAAUGAAACUUUGCAGCGUGCACGGCCUGAUGUAAAAAAGCGAUACUUGCUGCCAAUGGCCAGACGAGGCCUACAGAGUGGCACCCCCGCGGCUGCCCUUGGACUCGGUGAUCGAGGAUGACGAACAGCUUAUGUUUGACAUGGACCACCACUUGCGACACUGCCAGUGCGACUGUGGACACGUCGGAUACGACGCAGCGCACCGGCACAAAUUCCAGGUGGAGGUGGUCGAUUGCUGCGAAGAGGGCUCUGAGAGCUCGAGCUACGACGGGCCCCCGAGCCCCAUUCCGCGCCUCCUGCCCCCAGCACCGCCGUGCAGCAGACACCCGGACUCGAUGAUCACGCCCAGCUCGGACAGCAAGAGCCCUGACAGCAGCAGAACGCUGGUUGUCUACCCGACCACCAUCCCGCCAGUGGAUCUUACAAGCAAGCACUGGCUGGCAGUGAUAUUGGUUCUCACGAUGGCGGCCGCCGCCGGUUUGGGGGUGCCACUCGCCCUCAAAGUUCAGUCCGGCGCCUCGCUCGAGGAGCGCAUUGAGGCGGCCAAGAGACUGCUGCAGGAAGUGCCGCUCAUCGACGGGCACAAUGAUUUACCUUGGAACAUCCGGAAAUUCGUUCACAACCACUUGGACGACUUCCGCUUUUCUGAGGACCUGCGCAAGAUCACGCCGUGGUCCAGCAGUGCAUGGUCACACACUGAUUUACCAAGAAUGAAAGCCGGUUUCAUCGGUGCUCAGUUUUGGGCAGCGUAUGUUCCGUGCGAGUCGCAAUUCCGAGACGCAGUGCAGCUUACCCUGGAGCAGAUCGACGUGAUCAGGAGACUGACUCAGAAGUACGAGCCCCACCUGACACUGUGUCUGUCAGCGGCAGACAUCCGGACAGCGCACGAAGCAGGUCGCAUGUGCAGUCUGAUUGGGGUCGAGGGAGGCCACUCACUGGGCAACUCGAUGGCGGUUUUGCGGUCGCUGUACGACCUCGGCGUCCGCUACCUCACUCUCACCUCGACCUGCAACACUCCGUGGGCGGACUGUUCGCUGGCCGACAAGCCGAAUUCCGGAGCGUUGCCCCAGAACGGAGGACUGAGCAAAUUUGGCAAGAGCAUCGUGAAGGAGAUGAACCGGCUGGGCAUGAUCGUGGACCUGUCGCACGUGUCGGUGAACACGAUGCGGGCCGCUUUGGCCGCCUCACAGGCCCCCGUCAUCUUCUCGCAUUCGUCGGCCCGCGCGCUCUGCAACUCUACCAGAAACGUCCCCGACGACAUCCUCAAACAAGUGGCCUUAAACCGAGGAUUGGUGAUGGUGAAUUUUUACUCCCUGUUCCUGACGUGUCAAGAAAAAGCAACAGUCGAAGAUGCAGUCGCUCACAUAAAUCAUAUUCGGAGCGUGGCCGGAGUGGACUGUGUUGGACUCGGCGCCGGCUACGACGGAAUCAACUUCACCCCGCUGGGACUGGAAGACGUGUCCCGCUACCCUGCCCUGUUCGCCGAGCUCAUCCGCACCGGCAAGUGGUCCGCCGACGAGAUCAAGCAGCUCGCAGGUCUCAAUUUCCUCAGGGUUUUCGAGAGCGUGGAAAAUCUUAGAGAAAAAUUGAAAACAUCAGGGAUGACGCCGUUGGAAGAAACCAUACCGCCAAGGUUCAUUAAAAACAAAAGUAACUGCACCACGCCAGACAUCUGAGCCCACACAAAAACAGGAACCAAACUCUUCGUGCUUUUUGGCACACCACUUAGGCGCACUGUCGUACUUGCAAGGAGCAGAUUUUAUGCAAAAAUGUUUUGUCAGGUGAACCGACGGAAAUACUCCAAAGUACCUUCUCAUAUCAUAUUAGUGCGGCUCAAAUUUCUCACCGUGUUCUACCACGAGAGCUGCUUUUUUAUUUAUUCACUCCGCCCCUUCUACUUGUGUCUCGAAACCAUCGCAUUUCCAAUCUGUAAAUAAUUUAAUUUGUAUAGCAGUGCACGAUUUAACCUGUUGCACUUUUUGACACAGUGACUGCAAGACGUGGAUUUUCUCGUAAAAUUGAUGGAAUUGAUAUAAAUUGUAUGUGGUCUCUCCAGAUUAAUUUUAAAUCAGCAAAACAAUCCUGAACUAAAUGAAGGCUGCUCUUCGUCACUUUGGCAAAUAUCUGUGCACAAAAUUGCGAGAGCAUUGAUAGAGCAGAAUUUUCAAGCAUAUUGAAACUUUUUCAUGUAGACGAGAGCUAGUGAUUUUUAUAAAAACGGAAAAUGUGGCAGGUAUAGCGCCACGAAAUAACAAACUUUUAUAGAGCUUGAUGUACGUAUGUUCAAUUUAAUACUAAAACGACGUGUAUGAGCCAUGCAUAUUUAUAACCAUUGUAGAGCGCGUAGAAUUACACAGCGUACGCGCACUCGCUUCGGUUUCGACCCAAAACGUGAAAAGCUGUUCAUUCCGAUAUUGUUAUUCCCUAUUCAAUUAGCUUUUCGCAAUAAUAACCAGCAACAAAACGAGGGGGGCGAACGCGCGCGCUCUUGGAUGAAAUUAGUUAGCUGGUAUCGGAAACGGUGCGCGCUCGGCGAAUUAAGGAGCAGUCGUUUGCAACUGCGUCGGUGCCGCUUUCGCGCCAUGCAAAUGGCACACGAGUGCGCAAUGGCAAUAAAAACUUAUUUACGGCCACUAUUAAUUUCAACGACUCCUAUUAAGUGAGCACGACGCGUCUUUGGACAAUUCAGGGCGCCCCAAUCGAUGCGGAUUCGCCCACACAAUAAACUAACUGCUGCGCUCUCACAUUGUAAGUUCGGCACACCCGUUGAAAUCAGAGAUGAAAUUGUAUUGUGAAAAAUAGGGGGUUGAAACAGAAAUAUUUGAAUCUGUUAUAGCAGUAGUAGAAAAUGCUUUUGAUUAUUGCGAUUUUUUUUCUAAUGAUGUCACUAUUUUAAAACUUGAUAAAUCAAAACCGGAGUAAUUUUUCAUAGAGUGUGACAAUAAGAAGCAAUUUAACUAAUCUGAAUUUGUAUAUGAAUUGUACCUUUUGGACAUAAGCUUUAUUACAUUCAGAGUUAAUAACGAAAUGAAUGAAACUUUGCUCUAUACUUUUUCAUCUGUUAAAACCAAUUUUGAAUACAUACUAAAUUUUGUUAUAUUAAAUUCAACUAAAUAAAAAGUUAAUUUUGAAUCAUCUAAUAAAAACGCUCUAAAGAUCUAAAACUGUCUAAAAAGUGAAUUAAAACGUAAUAACCUUUAUACGUUAAUACUCAUCUCGAUUAAAUAAACCAAAGAGCUUCAUGAUCAUUAACAGUUAGUCAGAUUGGCAAUAAUAACAUGUUAUACUAUGACAGUUGAAUUUGCUCAAAAUUUAGCUUAACUGUUAUAAAAUGCAGCCUGAAUCUGCUUUUAAACUUUCUGAUUUACCGCUAGAAAGAGAGUGGAAGUUUCUAACUUAAAAUAUGUCCAUUUAAACCACUGAUGUGCCAACAAGAAACUAUUUCUGUGCCGUGUAAAAUAAGAAAGUGGCUGAACUUGUAAAUAAAUUUUAAAAAUCGAACACGUAACUAUCGCUACAACAGAGGCGGAGAAUACAUUGCCCUUUGUAAAUAUCAGGGAAGAGUGAUUUGUGCAGCGCCUGAGAAAAAAAAAUUGAGUCUUAAUGCUCGCUCUACCUGGCGAUUCCGUUGGUCGGUGUCGCGAGCUAUAAAUACGAUUGGAAAAGAGUGAGUCGGACGUUAACUUUAAGUGAUCAAAAAAUCGAGGGAGGUGAUGAUUGUUUAAAUUGAUCCAGACAACUGGUUUGUUGUUUAGUAUAAUAAAAACUGUACAAAUCAAAAUAGAGUUUCAUUUUAAUGCCCUGGCUGUCUAUUGCAAAGUUAAAU